CCCGCCUCUCCAUGCUCCCCUCCCAUCCGUAUUUCCCCGCCGCUGUCUCUCUUUCCUACCAAUCUCCGACGCAGCGCGCACCACGAUAAUGGUUUCGCAUUACGGCAUCAAAUUUGCCGUCCAUCUUAUUACCAAUCACUUUGGCAACCUCGUUGCUAAAGUAUGCGAAUGCCUUCUUAGGAGGGGACCCCUCACUUUGGAGCAAUUGGUUCGGUUCACCGAGCUUACCAAGGAGCAAGUCAAGAACUCCCUACUUGUCUUAGUCCAGCACAACUGUGUUCAAGCAUUUAUUCUUGAACAAGAAGGUCGUGAAGGAUCAAAAGUUAAUACACAGUACUUGGCACUAUUUGAUAACAUACUCCAUCGAUUGAGAUUUCCCAAAUUCUUGGAGAUCGUUUCACAGGAUCUUGCUGAAGAAUGCGUAGAGCUUCUUGAGGGAUUGCUUCGUGAUGGUAGACUAACUCUGAAACAGAUGGUUGACAGAGCAAGCCAAAGAAAAGAAAAUGCUGUGGCCUUGGCUAUUGUACAAGAGAGCCUUCAUAAACUCUUAAUGGUUCGAUAUGUUGAACGCUGCCCUUCCCCUGAGCCGGUUGUUUCUCCUCUAGUUGAGCAGGAUACUAAAAAGCGAGGUGCUAAGUCCAAGAUAGCUGAAGAGCCAGAGAAAAUAGAAUAUCGUGUUUUAGAAGCAGCUGUGGCUGUGGAAGGAAUCAGGUUUUCUCUCGCAUCAAAUUCUGUAUUAAUAAAUGAUUCGGACAUUUCCCCCGUGAGAGGUGUAGGAGAAAAUGUUGCACAAGAGGAUUCAACUCUUUUUCGUGCCAAUUUUGAAGAGUUUGUACGCCGUUGUAGGCACAAGGUAUUGAUUGAGAACGCUAGAAGACGAUGGAAUGAUGAAGCUGCCACUGUCCUAGGGGCAAUACUGGAGGCAACUAAAACUGUGGAGAAAAAAGUGAAAAUGGAGAAUACAGUUCCAUUGACACUCGAUGCUAUUUUCACUGAGGUACAAAAGACUGAAAAUGGUCGUGCUAUGACCAUGGAACGUGUUAGAUCUUCUCUUAUUGAGUUGGGUUGCCCGCAGAGAAUGUUAGAUGAUUCAUAUAGUAUUGAUCUGAAAAAAAUUAUUGAGUCAGCUCGAAAUGAAGAGGUUGAGUCAAUUGUAUUGAAAAGGUACGGAAGGGAUGCCUACAGGAUGUUCAGAUUGUUAUCGAAGGCUGAUCCUCUUGAGACUGAUAAGAUAGCAGAGUCUACUUUUGUUGAAAAAAAGGAUACUCCAAAGAUACUAUACAAGUUAUGGAAGGAUGACUACCUGCAUAUGGAGAAAUUGGUUGUGACUGGAGCUAGGCAAUCGAAGUUCUUGUUGUGGAAAGUUAAUAAGCCUAUUUUGUGGGAACACGUACUAGAUGAGAUGCAUCAUGCUGCCUUAAAUUUGAGCCUAAGACUGGCUUAUGAACAGGAAAAGGACGAAGAGCUCUUGAAUGUCCCCAAGGACAAGAUUGUGGGGCAGCUGCAGAAGAGAUACAAACGGCUGAGAAAUGCCUGGUUACUACUGGAAUCCUCAUUGAUGAAACUUGAUGAUGCUUUGAUGCUUUUCCAUGAUUUCUGAUUGUAAAUUGUUAUUUGUAAUCUCUACAUGAAGGUGGGGAAUGCGCAAGGGAAACUUUUUUGUUUUCAUGGCUUAAGUAGAAUAGGUCAAGCAGUUAGGAAGAAUAUGGUUUCAAAUAUCCUGAAGAUUUUUCUUUGAAGAGUGGCGUCGAUCUGGCCAUUCUUCUAUGACUUUGCAGAACCUCAUGAUAGUCAGAUCCAUUGGUUUUUCUUUUU